AUGAACACAAAGGCUGUCUUUGCUACGUACUCGCUUAUGGACGACACUGGCAACUCGUCUCACCAUCUCGGUCCUUCCCUUGAUGACAAGGCCUUAGUUGGCGGCGGUCUUCUUUCCCUUUUGAAAACUCAGCCGAAGUUCAAGCAGAGCAACCGCGCUCUCCUCUCCUUCAUCACCGAUGAGAUCCGUGUCAAGCCAGAUGGCGGUUUCUUCAUCACUUACCUGGGCUCUGCAGUGGGUACUUUGCCGGAUCACCUUAUAGAGGCCGACGCCGACUUCAAUAUCAUUCACGAAUGGCCUGAGGAUAUCGAAGGGACCCUGAUCAUUCUCGGCGAGCAGUGCAGCCCCCACAGCCCGUCCAUCGACUUCGAGAAGAACAUCAUCCUCAUCUCGGACUUCGACGUACCUGUGAUAAUCUUGAAGCCUGCUUCGGCCGCUGAUAUCCAGAAAGCCAACACACUUCGUCUCUGGGAACUUCCAUCCCGCAAGAUCACCUCCACCAUCACCAUUUCCGACGCUCAGGGUAUUCAGGAUGUCCAUUUCAUCCCCGGUAACUCUGAGUCUGCCGCCAUUGCGACUGCAGGUGUCGCGGAGCUUCUAUACGACCUCGGCUCGCGUGCGCGCGAGAACAUGGCCAUGUACCCCGACCUCGCCGACGACGGCAACCACGUCGCAGCCCCCGAUAUUAGCGACCUCAACAACGUCAAGCGUUUUGACAACCCGGACAAGGACCAGGGUAUCGUCAGUCCCUACUACAUUAAGGUCAGCCCUGAUAAGAAGAACCUCCUCGUCACCGACUACUCUAUCCAGACGCAUGAUAUUGGCAUCGUUGAUACGCCUGCGGAUGUCAAGGCGCAGUGA